GUCGGCCUGGUUCACAGGGCGGCGUCCCUCGCGUUCCGCUCCCGGUCUCGCUCUGUUUCUUGGAAUUAUUCUCGCGGGUAGGAUCCAGCUAGGCACAGACGACUCCCAUCCCAUCGAUGGCUCAUGCGCAUGCUUUCCACUCCUGCCGCCGGUUCGCCGGAGGCUCGCGGACGUUGCGCGCGUCGCACCUUGCGCCUCAAUUGCGCCUGCGCUUACUCCUCCGCCCCUAUGUUUUCCUUCCGCGCUCUAGAUUGCGCAUGCCUCACGCAGCCCAGACCUUGCCAGAUGUUUUACACGGUACCGGUGCGCAUCAAGAUACCACCCAUCGUUCACCGCCGCACCCGGCAGACGGACAUCACCGCGUCAUCUCGUCCCGCUAGCGUGGCAAUCCCUUUACCGCAAACAAUCACGGCUGCACCUCUGUUUCUCGUCCUACAAUGCAUACCAUACACCCCGCUCGGCUUGCUUGGGCUCCACAUGCUAGCUGACGCAUCCCGAGGUCCUCCAUUGCCAACCCUGCCUCGGUUCACAUGCCUCGAUUGCAGACCAAUUGAACCCGGCGUCCGACGAGUCGCCACACUACCGCGAACCCUUUCGAAGCAUGCUCGGACUGACAUCAAGCUGACACUUAACAGUACACGAGGCCUUGCGCGCAUUCUUUUGUCGCCCGCUCAUGCACUCAGUUCCCAUUUAUUACUGCACAGCCUGUCCUACUCGGCCUCCCGCCCGAGCGCCUGGCUCAUUGGAGACAACGCAUGCAGCGAUGCCCUGUGCGCCUCGAGGCGGGACAUGGCAUUCGCCAGUGCCACUGCCGUCGAGCAGUUCGCCUUGCCUUCGCCACUUGCUCGCCGUUCUCCUCGCCUCUCCCGGCGGUGUCCUCGAUUCCCAUCAAAUUGGCACGUUGGCGUCGGCGUUCCGAUUCAGGUACGAGGGGGGCCAAUGAGAAGACAACCAUUUCCGGCAGGCCGACGUCCGGCCCCGAACGCUGCGGCCAAACUGCGGCACUUAUGCCUUCCGUAUAUGUGCGGGAUUCAAUCGAGAGUCCGCGGCUUCGUCAGCGGCUUGCCCAACGCUGCCGUCGUCGAUCUCAUCCACUUGUUCGAUUCGCGGGCUCGCUCGAGGCUGACCUGUCCACCCGCAGGAACAUGGGCGGCGCAGCACUCCUCUUGCUCCUCCGCACCCCUGAUUGUAACUGCAUCCUACAGCACGGAACUCGGGCUCGGACUCAGUGCAAUGACGCCGCACCUGGGAUGCUGCCCUAGCUUCUGAUUUCUCUCUGUCACAUCACAUCUCUCCCAUCCACAGCAUCCACCAUCGUGUGCUUGUUUGUGCGACUCUGGGAGCUCGGAAGCUGGCGUUCCUCUCAAGGUCUGGCCCUGGCCGGUUGUCCCUUGGUCCGCUGUGUCGUG